AUGCUCCAGCGGCUCUACGUGGGGCGGCUGCCCGAGGAUACCGGUAUGACCAAGGCCGAGCUUGUCUCGCGCUUCGAGCGCUUCCUCACCAACAACGCUGACCUUCGCAUCGACGACGUCCAGCUCAUGGCCAACUCGGCGGCCAAGGACUUUGCCUACCCCCAAGUGUCUUUUUUCACUCUGACAGCAAUGGGCGAUGUCAUUUCAAACAUGAUGGUGUCGGCCAAGUGGUGGUGCAUCUUGGAUCGCAUCUCGCUGUCACUCUACGCUUCACGCUACCUUGCAUUCCGUGGUGUCCAAAGCGCCCUCUACUGA